CGGUGGCCGGGGUAUAUAGUGCGGCGCCCCUCGCCGCGUGCAGGAGCUUUCUGUGGACGCACGAAGCGGCGGGACCGGAGGGGACAGCACCGCACCAGGCAAAAUGUGCGACAAGCCAGACCUCUCGGAGGUGGAGAAAUUCGACAAGAAGAAACUGAAGAAAACCAACACGGAGGAGAAGAACACGCUGCCCUCCAAAGAGACUAUUGAACAGGAGAAGGAAUGUGUGAAAUCUUCCUAGAGUGAGAUGGCCUGGCAAAAAGAGCUACCACUUGAUUUUUUUUUUUGCUUGGAAUGAAAUAAUGUUUUGGUUUUGUUUUUUAAUUACAUCAUAUGUAUGUAUAGGAAACAGUUGCAUCACCUAACCUAGUGUCCCACCUUGUUGGCAGCUUUGGCAUUUGGGGGCAACAAAGUGUAGCCCUCUCAGUCCAUCAAUAGCCUGACCCAGCCCCAUCUCUGCUGCUCAGCUGGGUCCUGUUGACAGUGCUGAUCUCAAUCUGAUGUGUGGAGAUGAGCAGCAACUACAAAGGCUCCUGGUGAUGGAUCCCUUCUGCCUGUGGGAGUGGGGAUUCUUUCUGGCUUGGGUCUGUCUUCCAUAAUCUUCACUUGUGGUGUUCUGUAGCCUCACUCAUGUUUGGUUUGGUUUUUUUUCUUUCUUUCUUUCUUGGAGGGGAAAAGUGAGACAUUUAUAAUAUAAUAAAU